GCUGCGCGUGGGGCUUGCGUGAGGCUGUGGCGGCCAUCUUAGAAGCUCCCUGAUGCAGCCUCAGCCGCCUGGCUCCGGGCUCGGGAAGUGAGGGCAGGAACCGGCCGUGAAGCCGGGGCGGCCAUCUUAACUCACCAAGGAGACAGGCCAGGUCCCGGGGGAGGAGGAGAGGGGCCCGGGCUCCCCGAAUCCAGGCACCAUGUCUGAGACAUACGAUUUUCUGUUCAAGUUUUUGGUAAUUGGCAGUGCGGGGACUGGGAAAUCCUGCCUCUUGCACCAGUUCAUCGAGAGUAAAUUUAAGCAAGACUCCAAUCACACCAUAGGGGUGGAGUUUGGCUCUCGGAUUGUCAACGUUGGAGGUAAAUCGGUUAAACUGCAGAUUUGGGACACAGCGGGACAGGAGAGAUUCAGGUCUGUUACCCGCAGUUACUACCGAGGAGCAGCAGGGGCGCUGCUUGUUUAUGACAUAGCAAGUCGGGAGACUUACAACGCUCUCACCAACUGGCUGACAGAUGCCAGGACUCUGGCCAGUCCCAACAUCAUCAUCAUUCUGUGUGGCAACAAGAAGGAUUUGGAUGCAGACAGAGAGGUUACCUUUCUGGAGGCUUCACGUUUCGCCCAGGAGAAUGACCUGAUGUUUUUGGAAACGAGUGCUCUCACUGGAGAGAAUGUAGAAGAAGCUUUCUUAAAAUGUGCUCGGACAAUAUUAAAUAAAAUAGAUACAGGAGAGCUUGACCCUGAGAGAAUGGGAUCUGGCAUCCAGUAUGGAGACGCUUCUCCGCGACACAUUAAGCACACGCAUGGGACCCAAGCACACAACCGGCAGCAAUGUAGCUGUUAAUAGUAAAGAGCUUCUGACAGACAUCCUGUCCUCUGUAUACAUCCACUUGGGACUAACCGUCCGCUCCCCUCUGACUUAUUGCACUCAUCCUGAAUGAAGGAUUCCCCAUUUGUCUUGUUCACUGUUACUUUUUGUGUGUAGAAGCCCCAUGUGACGGCGUGGCUCCUGAUACGGCUCCUAGCGCACCAUACCAAUGCGGAGAAAUCUCACUGGUCAGCCACUCUGCAUCUGCCUUGGGAUUCCUAAAUAUGUGAAAAAUUGGGGUCAGCACCCUCAGGCAGGGCGUGGAAAACCAGAAAUCCGAUCACACACACAUUUAUAUACAAGCAUUGAGAGGUAUAUAUAUUACAAAUGUAUGAGCAUGCGCAGAUAUUUUACUGUAUAUCAGCAAUGGCUAACCUUUCUGAACUCCAUUUCCCAUGAUGUUAAGCUAUCCUCUCGGAUGACUGAGCAACAUGGGAGUUAGAGUUCACUGAUAUCUGAAGCUCGGCCUCUUCCCGUGUAUCACAAUGAUUGCAGGGGCCGGUUCCUCAAUAUUUGAAGCAAGUGUUAUCCGUUUCAGGAAAAGCCCUGUCUAAUGUAUGUAUGGCACGUCCUCAACCCCCUAAAUCCCUUAACCAUACAAUAUUCCAACUCAAGCAGUAAUGAUUAGAAUUCAAUCAGCAGAAAUGUGUAAUCUAAUGUUUCAAGGGCUCCACCUUGUAUUGCACCCCCUUUGGCACAGGAACGGUUAUUUACGAAGUUUUACAUGUGACUGCCUCGCUCUUAUUCUGUCGAUGUCUGCAUUUUUAUUUUUUUGGGUUUUGCUGUAGUUUAAUUGAAAUUCCCAUUUCCAUGCUGUUUUUUUAUUUUUUUCAUUUAAAUCAAAUGCAGAAAAUAUGUUCUUAUAAAGACGUCAACCUA